AUGGAGAGGUUCAAGUCUUACGGAGGGGUACAUGUUAACUCUGCUUAUGAUUCCACUCUGGAUGAACCUCCUGUCUAUGAGGAGACCAACUUUCCUAAUGGGGAACACCGGACGGUCCGGCCCUCGGUUGUCAGUGCCUUUGGUCAUGACACUUUGGAUCGGGUGCCCAACAUCGACUUCUAUCGCAAUGCAGGCAGUGUGAGUGGUCAUCGAGCUGUGCGACCAUCCCUGCAGGAGCUCCACGAUGUGUUUCAGAAAAAUGGAGUGAGCUCUGUGCCAGACACUGUGGAGGACGAUGACAAGGGGAGUGACGGUACCCCCUCUGAUGAUCUGGAGUCUGCAGUUCCCACUGACAGCAACAAUGGAGCAGUAAAGUUUGGCUGGAUAAGGGGCGUCCUGGUGAGAUGCAUGCUGAACAUCUGGGGUGUCAUGUUGUUCAUCCGCCUAUCCUGGAUUUUUGGCCAGGCAGGCUGGGGUCUGGGGAUUGUGAUUGUUCUUCUCAGCUGCGUGGUCACCACCAUCACUGGCCUUUCUAUGUCUGCCAUUUGUACCAAUGGCGUGGUCAGAGGAGGAGGAGCCUACUACUUGAUAUCUCGCAGUUUGGGACCAGAGUUUGGUGGGUCGAUUGGCCUAAUUUUUGCCUUUGCCAAUGCAGUGGCUGUAGCCAUGUAUGUUGUGGGAUUUGCUGAGACUGUGGUCGAGUUGCUCAAGGAUAACGAUGCCAUCAUGGUGGAUGAAAUAAAUGACAUCAGAAUCGUUGGGUGUAUUACAGUGGUGUUGCUGUUGGCCAUAUCAGUUGCUGGAAUGGAAUGGGAGGCCAAGGCACAGAUUGUUCUACUCGUCAUCUUGCUGGUGGCCAUAGUGAAUGUAUUUGUAGGAACAGUCAUUCCUGCAACCGAGGCUCAGAAAUCUAAAGGCAUCUUUAAUUAUCACCCGAAUAUCUUCUCAGAGAAUUUUACUCCAGAUUUUCGAGAGGGUGAGACAUUUUUUUCAGUGUUUGCCAUCUUUUUCCCUGCUGCGACCGGGAUCCUGGCUGGAGCCAACAUCUCUGGAGACUUACGGGAUCCUCAGGGAGCCAUACCUAAAGGUACCUUGCUGGCCAUCCUGAUAACUGGUCUCACCUACCUGGCUGUGGCCCUUUGUGUCUCCGCCACUGUUGUCCGAGAUGCCACAGGAAACACGACUGACCUCAUUAGUCCUGCUGGAGCACCAUGUACUGGUUCAGCAGUAGCUGCUUGUGAGCUCGGCUAUAAUUUCUCUUCCUGUGCAGUAGAAACAUGCAAAUUUGGCUUGAUUAACAACAAUCAGGUGAUGACCAUGGUAUCUGGGUUUGGUCCCCUCAUCAUUGCUGGAACGUUCUCAGCCACCCUUUCAUCAGCCCUGGCUUCACUUGUCAGUGCUCCCAAAGUCUUCCAAGCACUGUGUAAAGACAACAUCUACAAGAUCCUGCACUUCUUUGCCAAGGGACAUGGCAAAAACAACGAGCCAAUACGUGGAUAUGUCCUCACGUUCAUUAUUUCUGUGGCUUUCAUUCUCAUCGGUAAUCUCAACACCAUCGCUCCUAUCAUCUCAAACUUCUUCCUGGCAUCUUAUGCGCUCAUCAAUUUCUCCUGUUUUCAUGCAUCCUAUGCCAAGUCUCCAGGCUGGAGACCAGCAUAUAAAUACUACAACAUGUGGCUAUCGCUGUUGGGUGCAUUGCUCUGCUGUGUUGUUAUGUUUGUUAUCAACUGGUGGGCUGCUCUACUCACAUAUGGCAUUGAAAUCCUCCUCUACGUUUAUGUCACUGUCAAGAAGCCAGAUGUGAACUGGGGUUCCUCCACGCAGGCGGUGACAUUUGUGAGUGCAGUCAGCAAUGCUCUGUCUCUGUCUGCUGUAGAAGAUCAUGUCAAGAACUUCAGGCCUCAGAUCUUAGCACUGACAGGUUCAGCACGGACCAGACCAGCUCUCCUAGACCUGGCUCACUCCUUCUCUAAGAACUAUGGACUCUGUCUCACCUGUGAAGUAUUUUUGGGCCCAAGGUCAGAGGCCCUGAAGGAGAUGAACAAUGGCAUCGAGAAGAACCAGAUGUGGCUUUUAAAGGCCAAACGCAAGGCAUUUUACGCUGCUGUGGUUGGUGAGAACUUCAGGGAUGGGGCUAAGAGCCUGUUGCAGGCUUCUGGUCUUGGCCGUAUGAAGCCUAACAUAAUAAUGAUUGGCUUCAAGGGGAACUGGAGGGCUGCAGGCACAGAGGCGGUGCAGAGUUAUGUGGGAAUACUGCAUGAUGCAUUUGACUUUGAGCAUGGGACAGUGGUGCUGAGGAUGAACCAGGGACUUGAUGUGUCGCACAUUGUCGAGGCAGAAGAGGAGAUGCUAAAGGCAGCAAGGGAGCAACAGGCAGUAGAAGAUGAGAUGAUGCCGAAUGGAGAGAAAGCAAGAGGACUUUUCAGGAAGUCCAGGAAACCCUCUCAGCAAGUGCUCACGACCAGGGUAUCAGUCUGCGGCCCUCCACCCCCGCAGGUUGCCAAGAUGAAUGAGAGGCUGUUGGAGGCCAGUGCUCAAUUCAAGAAGAAACAGCCUAAAGGCACCAUUGAUGUGUGGUGGCUGUUUGACGAUGGAGGCCUUACCCUGCUGCUCCCGUACAUCCUCACUACCAGGAAGAAGUGGAAAGACAGCAAAUUAAGGAUCUUCAUCGCAGGGCAGCCUGGACGCAGUGAGCUGGAUAAAGAUGAGAUGAAGUCUCUGUUGCAGAAAUUCAGAAUUAACUGCAGUGACAUUAAUGUCAUUGAUGACAUCCAUGUCCAACCCCGCUCUGACAGCUUGAAAAAGUUAGAGGACAUGAUUGAGCCUUUCCGCCUACAUGAGGAGUCUAAAGACCAUGCUCAGGCUGAAGCCAUGCGGAGGGAUCAGCCCUGGAAAAUCACUGACGAAGAGCUGAGCACCUUUGAGGAGAAGACCAGCCUCCAGGUACGACUGAAUGAGGUUCUUCAGGAAAACUCCAAAUCAGCAAAUCUGAUUAUUGUGAGCAUGCCCAUUGCUCGUAAGGAAUCUGUUUCUGAUUUCCUCUACAUGGCCUGGCUGGACAUUCUGACAAAGGACCUUCCACCCACCCUACUCAUUAGAGGCAACCACAAGAGUGUGCUUACUUUCUACUCCUGAGCGCCUUGCAGGCUUUGCAGCUUGCGGCAUGCUGUAAUCUUGCAAUUACUGUGAAGUUGCAACCAGCUUGCCAGCAAAGGAACCUCACAUUGUACUACACUGUACCAGCGUAAACUUUUAACUGCUGCACUGCUCUUUAUGUG